AUGAGGGUACCUAGUUAUGUUGGAAGAAUGAAAUGCACUGCCUUAGAUCUUGGUAAUCUUCCACCUUACAUCCAUCAAAUAAGGGUGCUUUCUAUGGACAUUAGUGCGAUAUGGGCAGUAGAAGUUGAUAUCGAAUAUUCAGGUGGUAUGACAUUUGACAUCGAAAUAAGGUAUAAAGAUCAAGAACCAAAACUACAAGAAGACACCAUAGAUAGAAGGCUUGAUUCAAGCUGUGGAAUGGAGAUGAUUGCAUAUGUUUUGGAAGAUGGUUUGGAGAAGUCAAAAAGCAUUGGUUGGGCAUCAACUUGGAUGUCAAAGUGGAAGGCUAUUCAACAUUCUAGCGUCGACCAUGUUUCACAUGUUCCCUUAUCCUUGACAAUGAGCGUUGCAUCACUUCAAGGGACACUACAAUUACAUAUCAAGCCCCCACCUUCUGAUCAAUUAUGGUUUGGGUUCACAUCUAUGCCUGAAAUAGAUUGGGACUUAGAGCCUAAAAUUAGAGAUCAAAAGAUCAGUUCUAGUGAGAUUGCUUUACUACUCAAAGAUUACUUCAAGGAUGCAAUUCAUGAAUUUCUAGUAGUUCCAAAUUUUGAAUGUAUAUGCAUACCAUGGAUGUUGGAUGAGAAGGAUGAUUGGGUUCCAUUAAAGGUAGCACCAUUCAAAUGGGUUCAUCAAUGGGAAGGAAGAGAUACUGAAGAACUCGAUGCCUCCAACUCUCAGUGUGAAGAGAAUAAAAACAAAUCUACUGAUAUUGAUGGAAAUAGAGCUAAUACCAGUGCUUAUCAGUCACCAUCUCAUGAAUCCCUCUUAGAUUUUGAAGCUUCACAAAUAAGUCCUUGCAUAUCAGUUUCAUCAGAUCAGUUAUCUCAUACUAACAUGCUUAAAGUGGAGACACCAGAGAGCAAAGAAAUUCAAGAUGUCUCCAAUCAUAGUAGGGUGGCCUCCCCAAUGAUUGCAUCGAGAGAAAUGGUAAUACUAGAGGGACAUAAAACCAUGCACUUUGAGAUGGAUCAGAAACCAAGAAAGAUUAGUAGGAAAUUACAGAUGAAAGAUAUGGGAAAGCUAGUGGGGAGCAAGAUUGAAGAGAAGAGGCGACAUAUUGGAGAAAAGGGCAAGUAUAUAGUUGAAAAAAUACGAGAAAGUACGAGAACAUAA